UGUAUUUUACAGAAGGAUCUCAUCAAGAAUACAAGACUUCUAAAAAAGACAACAAAAAUGCUGUUUAUGACAAAUUGCAGUGUUCGAGAUCAGCUCCUCUCAUUCUACAUGAAAAAUGUUUUCAGUCAUCUUGGAAUGGAAAGUGAGAAGCUGUACGUUAUUAGUGCCUUCCGGGUCCUGCAAGAGAACAUGAAUGCCUGUAUUCCAUGUGCUCCAUCCACAAGAUUAACUUCUGCUGUCAAAAAUAUAAAGAAAACAUUUCUUAAGCUUGGGGAGAAGGGGGUCUACAAGGCCAUCAAUGAGCUGGAUAUUCUCCUGCCUUGGAUUCAGGCCUACAUCCAAACCAUUGUAUGAGGAACAAGGACGUGACUGACAACACGUCACCUCUAUAUUAAGAACAGAUCCUUCCCCAAAAGGCCUGACAACCAACUGUGUGCUGGAUGUACAACUGCUCUGGUAGCAGCUCUGCCACGCUUGAGGAGAGCUCUUGUGAAAAAAACAGCAGAAAGAGGGAUUUUCAAGAUCUUUUGGAGUUGGCACAGCAGCUAUGCCUGCCCUCAGUACAAGAGCAGCCCCUUGAACAGUUACAGCCUGAUGUGCUUCAUGUCCAGCCUGGCAGCUUGUUGACUCACAGGCAACCCCCAAACACAUUGCAUGAGCCCACCUUGUAGUCUGCUACCACGUGGAUCAGGAUCUAGCCAUGCCUUGUGUCACCCCUUUGUGAUUACAUUUUAAAGUAACAUGGAACACUUCAG